CCCGCCCCGGAAAUGCGUGUUUUAGCUUUCUGUGUGCUUAGGUGCCCGAGCUACUGAGGGUCUAGGUCCGGGCAGCCGAAGAGUGUGGUAGGUAACGGUCGUCAGCGCAAGGGUCAUUUCGUCGCUGGGAAGGGACGGCCCUCGCCCGCGGUGAUGGUGGUUAGCAAGAUGAACAAAGAUGCGCAGAUGAGAGCAGCGAUUAACCAAAAGUUGAUAGAAACCGGAGAAAGAGAACGCCUCAAAGAGUUGCUGAGAGCUAAAUUAAUUGAAUGUGGCUGGAAGGACCAGUUGAAGGCACACUGUAAAGAGGUAAUUAAAGAAAAAGGACUAGAACACGUUACUGUUGAUGACUUGGUGGCUGAAAUCACACCAAAAGGCAGAGCCCUGGUACCUGACAGUGUAAAGAAGGAGCUCCUACAAAGAAUAAGAACAUUCCUUGCUCAGCAUGCCAGCCUUUAAGAUUGAAUUAGAUUGUGUUGUUUUGUGGUUUUAUUUCUGAAAGUAAAAACUUGCCAUAAAUUAGGAAUCGAUUUCCCAAAAUAAAAUUCUUUUUUGUAUGAUGGUAUACAGUUUUCAGUAAUGAUGUAUGUGUUAUUUUAAUAAAUAUCUCAUGAAUGA